AUGUCCCAGGUUCCGAUGGCAGCGAACAGAGCUCUCCCUCGCCCCGCCUUCCUCAUCCUCUCUCUCUUCGCUCUCGCUAUCAGGUUGGCCCGUCUGCUCCUAUUGUUGCUCCGCCCGCUCCGCCUGCUGCUCCCGUUCCCCUGGCUCGUGGUUGCGCUGACGGCGUCUGCGCCUACUGGGGCGGCUGCUGAUCCCCCUGUUCCUGCCCCUGGCACACUCGUUGCACCGGCCGCUUCUGUCCCCGACGUGCCUGCGCCGGCGUCUGCUUCUUCCCCGAAGGCGGCGUCCGCCACCACUGUCGACCCGGCUCCGAUGGUUGCGCCUCCGGGCGCGGACCCGACGGCUCCCGCUCUGCUGCCGGCGGCCCCUGUAGUGCAGCCGUCUCGUCCCCCGUCGCCGGACCGCCGUCUAUCCCGCCCCCAUUCUCCCGCGCCCCAACAGGAGCACGAGACGUCGCGGCGUCGGCGCAAAUCUCCCCGGCGCUACCAGCAGCAGGCCCAGUGGCCUGCUCACCCUGGUGGCAAUGGGGGCUGGAGGGGCCCCCACGGCCGUGGUGGUGGCGGGAGAUACCGUCCGCCUGUGACAAUGGCGGAUCUCCAGCGGGAGGUGUCGCGGGCCGUGCGCGAGGAGAGGGCGGCGCAGAGUCAGAGCAGUUUGCUGCGGGCCGCGCCUGCGCCCGCGGCUCCUCGUCAGACUGUGCCUCCCGUGGACCCUCCGCCAGCUGCUGCAUUUCCUUCUCCUGUCCUCGCCCCAUCGGCUCCUUCUCCUUCUGUCUCGGCGCCUGCUACCGGCUCUCGUCUGCAUUUGCCACCGGUUCCGCCUGUUGCGGGGGUGGAGUUUGUUGCUGCGGAAGGUGGCGCUGCGGCUCAGCAUUCCCACCACGUUGCUGCUAAUGAGCCGCUGCUGUUUCUGACGGAGGCGCUGCAGCCCCCGCAGACGCAUGUUCCAGAGGCGACACUUGGCCAGCUCCACCGCCUCGCGGAGAGUCUCCACGCGUUGCUGCUGAUUCAGGUGCUCGCGCACUCAUCCCUCCCCGUGGUUCCUCCUGAGACUUUCCGCGGCCGCCAGCGUGACACGUGCUUGGACGCGGCAGACCAGCUCGCAGCGUUGCUGGCGCCCGUGUUGGCUGCGCCCGCGGAGGGUGGCGCUGCUGCUGCGGGACAGCUGGACGAGGCUGUCCGGGGCUUGAAGCGGCACUUGCGCGCAGGAUCUGGAGCCGCGGCGAUCGCCGCAAGCACGCAUGUGGUCCGGGAGCUGUGGCGCUCCCUGACGGGCGUUCUUCACGCCCUUGGAGCUCACCGCAUGUAA